AUGUACUAUUAUUUUUAUUUAGAAGAAAAUAAUCAUUGUUCAUCGUGGCAUAGAAUAAAAGAUGAAAUAUUUCUUUCAAAUACUUAUAUUCAUUUUACAAUUUCAUCCAAUUCUUCAUUACAUUUUCAUUUUUUCAAUAACGAUAUUGAACUUAUUUAUUCAACGAAAACAAUUCAUGAUUUAGAAACUUUAACUAAGAAGAUUAUUUCACUCAAGGGUUCUCCUCGUCAAGUCAAUCGAUAUAUGCUAAUUGACAUAGAAAAACUAAUGAGAAAAACACUUUUUUUCAGACGUGAUUUUGUCAAAAUUCAACUUUGUGGUGAUACACAAUCUAGUGUUGAUCAAUUAAUUAUUGGUAAUCAAACUUUGUAUGAUCAACAAGCUUUUUAUUCAGCAACACGAUGGUUAUUAAAUAAUCAAGAUUUACAAACAGGUUGUUGGUUUAUUCAUGUUCAACGAAAUUAUGUUCAUCAUCCUCACUAUCAUUUACGAAAUCCAUGGUGUUCAGCAAUGGCACAAAGUCAAGCUGCAUCAUUACUCGUUCGUCUCUAUUCACUAACAAAUAAUAAGGAACAUUUAUUAGCUAUUCGACGAGCUAUUCAACCUUUAUGGUCAUCAAAUCUGACUCGAGCUUAUUUUAACAAUCGUUUUGUUUGGCUUGAAGAAUAUCCAGUAGAAUCAGCAACUAAAGGUCUUUUUGUUCUUAAUGGAUGCCUUUAUGCUUUAAUCGGUAUAAUCGAUGCUAAUACAAUUGAUUAUGAACCAUAUUUAUCUGACUUAAUAAAUCAAAUAAUUAUCUCAUUAGAACAUAUGCUUCCAUAUUAUGUUCAUUCACAUAUUUCAAAUUGGUCUCUCUAUGAUUUAAGUCAUAUAACAAUGAAAUCAAAAAUAAAUUCAGCUUCUUAUUCAUAUCAUCUUGUACAUAUAACUUUACUUCAAUGUUUACGACAAAUAUUUAAAAAAACAAAUGAUUCCGUAUCUCAGCUAUUUGAUUUCUAUGUAGAACGAUUUACAUCAGCUAUUUUGUAG